AUGGGCUCUGUGGAAGUGCCAGAGACAGACGGGGGAAACCUGAUAAAAUUCAUUACCAAAGACAUUUUGCCAAGGGUCGAGGACGUUAUUUCACCAACUCAAAGAGUGAUUCGUGAGGUGGUUCCGGUGGUCGUAAAAGAAGUUGCCGAUCUAGCCAAACAUUUGGCUCCCGAUGCACCAACUCGUAUCGCUCGGGACACUCUAGCAAACCGAAACCCUGAUGAAGCCGGUGAAUACGAUCUAACCGAAACGUUGGAAUAUUCACCGAGUGGUCAAGUGAUCAAGAAGACGAUGAAUCGGCAUCUACAUGUUGGAAAACGAGCACAAGAGAAUCACAUAGCUUUUUCAAAGGAAACUUUCUAUAUGAUUUGUGGUCUCAUUUUUGUGUUGGCUUUCUUUUUCCCCUCACCUUGG